GAGGCUGCCUGGAUGUUGACGGGCAGAGCGAGGCGAACUUGACGGCCAUCAGCGAGGACAGCGGUGGCAGGCCCUUAACCUUCCACAGCCUCAACGCCGGCCUCAGUUGGGGCAACGGCGUGGCGUGCCUCCAGGGCGCGGCGUACCAGCAGAGGUCCGAGGGCAGGUUUCUGUUCAAGGCUUUCCAGGAGCACGGCAAGCGACACUUGUGGGCCGAGGAGAGCGCGAGGGUGCGCCAGCUGGGAUGGAGGGCCCUGCCAAUUCCAGCCACCCACGGACCGAGCGGGCGCGACUCGGUGGGCGUCUUGCAUGCUGUGCCUGCAUGUGUCAGCGUCACUCUUGCGCCCGAGCAGCGACACUGGGACAUCUCUCCCCCAGGAGGUGCGGGCAGACAUUGGAUGGCCACGAUCGAAGCCAAACACAGUGGCGAGUUCUUGCUUUAUUGUGCUUACUGCGUUACUGGUCAGAGGUUUUCGCCUGUGGGCAACGUGGCUAGUUUGGCCGGUUUCAUCGUGUGGGUGGUCAAGCUCCAGCUACCUUUGAUCGGCGUCGCGGUUUGGGAGAACCUCCCUGAGCAUCUGGAGCGCUCGACGUGGCCGUCGCGGGCGCUCCUCCUGCUCGCCUUCAUCAUUGGAAAGCUUGACGGCGGUGGGCGGCCCAUCGUGUGGCCUUGCCCAGGCAGAGUCUGGGAGACCUGGCAGCUCCCCUCCAUGAGACGGUGGGGGGCAGCACACCCCGCGGGUUACGACUACACGGCAGCUGGGCAGUCGUCAGAGAAAGCGCUGUGGAAGGCACUCCUGGACGCGGAGCUGGCCCUUGGCACGGGCACCCGUGCCGCUACUAUGCUGGCCGACUUGGCCAAGUGCUACGAGAUUUUUCUUCCGCCGCGAGGGGGGGAGCUACAAGGCGCCGACGUCCACCUCGAUAUGCUGCAAGUGGGUCCCAAGUCGGUGGAGGUGGCGCUCCUCUACGCAACCCGUAGCCGAGCCCCAGCUCAGUGGGCAGCGGCCAAGCCAGAUCGAGUUGCGCUCCUUCCUUCGCCCUGGCUGCCGCCCGCGCGGCAGCGGAUCAAGAGGCGCAGGCAGGACGGCUGGUUGCAGCACCACGCGGACGCGGUCAACCAAGCGGCGCUCGGCGGUUCCCCCUCGCAGGAGCCCCCUUUCAAGUCGGGCCAGGCGGGCGCGCCCUACUGCCAGCUCGGCGUCGACUACAACGAGUUCGGCACCAUGCAGCUCUGCAACUGGCAGCGCGGCCGCAGCCCGACGUCCGCCUCAGUGCGGGACCAGCUCACAGCGUACAACGCGGUUCCCACCUUUCGAGAUGUCUGUCUCCUGCUUCAGCAGCAGAGCGCCUCCAUCCGCAACUUGCGCGAUCGUCUGAGGCACUACGUGUUGCUGGAAGGUAUCGAGGAGCCGCAGAAUCUCUUUGAAGUCUUCACCUCCCGCGAGAGGCAGCACGAGGAUGUGCGGGAGCUCUCAGCUUGGCAUCUGUGGUGCAGUCACCAUGCCUCCUACCUGGAACGGCAGAUCGGCGUGGAGCGGCGCCAGUCCCUCAAGCAGCGUUUAGAGGACGACUUACCUGGUUCGCAAGGGCUCACUCACAGGAGACACAGUCACUUCGCAGACGUUCGGGCUAAAGGAAGGGCGGACCUCAGCGUGCCGCCAGAGGGGGUCGUGUCGCAGCUCAAGCAGGAGCUCAAGGCCACUAAGCGCAUGCUGGAGUACUGUGGUCCUCUCAGGGCCCUCCUCGGCGAGGCCAAGCGGGUCGUGCCUCGCCCUCGGCUGCAGCAGCAGAGCGCUCACGCGCCCCCGACAGCCCGCCCCAAGGCGGCGCCCAACCAGCCACGCGUCCUGGAGGCUUGCCGGGGAUACCACAAGCGCGUCAACGGUGGCAAGGUGGCGCGCACCCAGCUGGCGGCCGUUCAGCUGCAACGCCCAGACCACGAGGCCCAGGACGAGGAGCUGCGCGUGACAGACCAGACCCCCCCGCAGGGGCCGCCUGCUCAGGUCCUUUGGGGGCCAGUGGCAGCAGCCAGGGCGGCCUUGAGCAGGAUGAAGGCAUUGCCAGACGGGCCUGGGUGCAUGGGCGCGCCGCCCCCCGAGCUCAUCCCAGAGCACCACGCGAGGUCGAUCACAGACGACGCGGUGGUUUGGGCGUCUUUCUGGAUCGACAGGUUCGACUUGGACGUCCACCUCAACGAGCGGGACUACUGCACGUGGUGCUCCGAGUACCUGGAGGUGUUUGUGGGCACCGCCGCCUGGGCCCCCGUCCGAGAGCACCUCCUCAGGAGCAACCCUGGGCGCGCGCUGCGGCAGACC